AUGGACCAGAAACCACUACCUAUGCUUACGCCUGGUCUCAUAGACCCAAAGACCCUGGCUGGUGAUGGGGCAACCAAGCAGGCACAGUUAGUGUUGAACACCGUUAAUGCUGCUCUCGCAGCGGAAGAUGAGCACAAGCGUUAUUUCAGCAAGUCUUCAGGAAACAAAGAGUCUGGGAGCGUAAAGGGGGGGACUGAGGUGGGCGGACCAGCAAUAUUCUUAUCCGUAUCGCCGGUUUUGCAAUUUAUCGACUGUCCAUUGACCUUUCGAGCUGAAGCACCCGCUGCUACCUGUAAUGGCAAGAUGCUUCUGCUGCCUACUCGGACCGAGCCUGAGAAUGAACAAACCGCUAUCCGGUGGAUGAUAUGGAUUUCAAGUACGAGGCUUACGAGCUUAGAUGUGCAACCAGAGGAUGAGAGCCUCCUUCAGUUACUAUCGAGACAGUUUGAUAAUUUAGAGGAUUUUGAGACAGAUGUCUUUAUUAUGGGAGGUGGAAAUGUCGCUGUCACUCUGUGCGCACGUCUUAGGGCCCUAGGAAUAGAGAGCCUCAUGGUUGACAAGAACCCAUAUCCCGGUGAUAACUGGGCCCUUCAAUACGACUGCAUGAAGUUCCAUAUUGCGACUUCAUACUGUGACAUGCCAUUUAUGCCAUAUGGUCAGGAGCUACGGACUCCACAUAUUCUUACUAAGGGCGAGCUCACGGCGCAGGUUCGGUGCUACGUGGAGACAUUCAAUCUCAACAUGAUCAACUCGGCAGAAAUCCAGUCAACACAAUAUGACCCAUCGGUUGGAAAUUGGGAAAUUAUAUUCCAAACUCCCACUGGUCUAUAUAGGACCGUCUCAAAACAGCUCCUAUUAUCAACGGGUAUUGGUUCGCAGAUACCACAUAUACCAGCGAUCGGAGAUCAAAACCUAUAUCAAGGUAUUAGCUUACAUUCCGCACAAUAUAAGAAUGCCCGAGAGCUCAAGGAGAAAGGGGCAAGAUCUGUUUUGAUUAUUGGUUCUGCGAAUACAGCAUUUGACAUAGAGGGCCAGCUAGCGUAUAAUCUCUUUGCACAGCUUGCGUCCAACAAACCAGAGUGCUCCGCUGGUCUGAAGGCGAUUGGGUUCCCCGUCAUUGAUUGCAGUGACCCGAGACAGUCUCUGCUGCAAAACCUACUUGAGCGGGCCGGUAGCCAUUAUGUCGAUGUGGGUGGCACUAAGCUAAUCGAAGAAUGCAAAGUCCGCAUCAAGGCGGGAACUGAAUCUAUCGGAUAUACUACCUCCGGAUUGCGUUUCUCCAACGGUACUACUAUGGAUACAAAUACUAUCAUCUGGUGCACGGGGUUUGCCGACUCCAACGAACGUGGCACUGCAAGUCAAAUCCUUGGCGGCAAUUCGAUAAAGAAUGACAGCACGAACAGAGGAAAGGAAUAUAUUCUUGGUGCUUGGGACACUGCGGAACAUGUCGAGGGAACAUGGGGGCUUGAUACAGAAGGUGAGAUUGGCGGUAUGUGGAAGCGCCAUCAGAAACUCGAUAACUUCUGGAUCAUGGGCGGCUAUACCCAGCAGCACCGGUGGUACUCACGCACAUUGGCACUCCAAAUCAAGGCGGCUCUGGCUGGUAUUUUACCUCCAGCUUACCGGAAAACACCAAGAUCACAGGCAGCCUAG